AUGAUCACGCCUGGUUCUAUUGAUGCUCACGAAAUGCCCUUUUCACCUCCAAGGACUAUCUUGGUUUCAUCGACUACUAAGCAUCUGGAAGACCAAGAGGCGAGGACCUCCCGAUCGUUGUCUCCCGCUUCUCUGUUCGACGACGAAAGUGACACCGUUUGGAUGGCGCUACUUGGUGACAACAAGCCAAAGGGGGGUUGCUUGGUUGCCACAUUUGGUGCGGAAAAGUGCCCCAAACAAACAAUGCUCCCGUCCGCAAAACGGUUCAAGAAAGCAAGGCAAGAAACCGUGUUGACACCUAGACUGGCCUCGUUGGGCAUCCUCGACAAUGAGGCGCUCGAUGAAGACACCAAGAAGGAUACAAGUAUGCAAGAUGACAUUGAUGACCUCCGGGCAACGGAUUCUGACUACGACAGCGACUUAGAUGGAAAGCCGGCUGCCGCCUCCAUUGCGGAUACCUUGCUCCUACCAUCAAAGCAAGGUGUUACGGAACCAGCCGCCAUUUUUGACAGCAACUCAAGAACCUGCCCUUCUUCUGACGAAAAGAUCCCUUUCUCUUUCACCAACGGACUCAACAGGAGCAGGGCUCUGCACAGGGCGUGUCAGUUGUUCACUGGAGACAAGAAGAUGGUAGAAAUGUCUUUGAGCUUGCAUCCAGAGUCCAUACGGCACAAGGCGUUCAUUGACUGCAUUCCAUCGCGAUGUCGCAGGAACCGACGAAUGGUCUCGAAGAUGUUUCCUGGACGCAAGGCAGAUGGCCCCACGCCAGAGCCCUUUCAGCUUCCUAUCAAUAUUGCCUUGUACCACAAUUCAAGCCUGGCGGUGCUGGAGGUGCUGGUGCAAGCGGAUCCAUCUCAAUUGAAUGUCAAAGAUGGGAUCUUUGGGAUCAACUCUUUGUGUCUUGCUUUGGAUCGAAGGCCACAUGACAUUGCCUGCAUGGGACUCAUCUUGGCAAACAACACAGGGAGUGCCAGAAUGGUAUCAGCGAUUCAUAAGAAUACACCUUUGCAUGUGGCCUGCCAAAAGGGUGCUUCUCUUCAAGUCAUUCGCCAACUGGUCCAGAUGUACCCACAAGCAUUGAUGCAUCGCAAUGCAGCGGGUGAUUUGCCCUCGGAUAUUGCAAGUCACAUUGUGCGCUCAGACCCCACGGAGUCCUCGUCAGAGGCAAAUGCCAGGAAAGAAGUGGCAGAGUUCUUGGUUAAAAAGACUCUUUCAACUCUGGAGGUUCAUCAUGUACAACAAUUUCAAACUAAAGAAGGAAUGAUGCGACGGAGCACGGAGUCCGAGGAAAAAAGUGAAGAGUAA